GAGUUGCUGAAAGAUAGUUAUAGACAACAAUACAUGAGAGUUAAGAACAAGUGUUUCUACGAUAAUAAGCAGGCAGAAGCAACAAUAAAAGCAUUGAAAAAAACUAUUGAACCAUUUAGACGUGAGAUAGCUAAUAGAGAUGGAACGAUUUCGACGCAAGACAAGCAACUUCGAAUACAAAGUACAAUGAUAUUCAGUGAGAAUGAUAAAAAUGAACUUGGAACACAAUCCAGAAUUUUUGCCAAAAAAGUUAAUGAUUUACACAGUGAAAUAGAAGCAAAUAAAAAAGAAUCUAUUGAAUCGAGAAAAAAAAUAGAAGAUUUGGAAGCAACAGUCUUAAAGUUAAGACAUAGGAAUGAAAAUUUAGAGAGAAGUAUAGAUAAUAUCGUCAUUAUAAAUAAAUCGAUAGUAAAGUGCAAUAAUGACCAACCUGCGAAGUCAUAUUCUAUGAAAGAAUCGUUGCAGAAACAAAUUUAUAAAUUACAAGACCAGAUUAAUAACGAAAAAUCAAAGAACUCUAAUCUUUUAAAUCAAAUAAAAAUGGUUAAAAAUCUAAAAGAAAUAGAUGAUAAAUCUAGUGCGAAGAAUCUGAACGAUGAAAUCCGGAGGCUGACAAAUUUAAAUAAGAACUUAACGUUAAAAAACAAUGGUUUGAAGAAAUAUAAAGAAGACAAUAAUAUAUUAAAAUCUAAAACGAAAGAUCUUGAAAACAGAUUGACAUACAUGCAACAUAAACUGACAAACCUGGACAAUAAAAAAACGAGCCAUAUUUUAAACACAGGAGUGCUUGAAAUGGUACAUCCUGAAAUAAAGAAGAACAGAGUAACAAAUAAUCAGCUAGUUAAAGCUAUAAUAGAAUGUCGUACUAAAUUGAACGAAUCAAACUUGGCAAAGAAACAAGUUUAA